GUCAAUGUUCAGAAAUCAGACAUCAUACAAUUUUGUAUUUAUUUUUAUUUCCUUAGAUUUAUAAAUAAAAUUGCAAAAUAUUAUAAUAUGAUUGAAACAAUUGAAUCUCCAAAUGAGAAUGAUGUUAAGUCGCUUGCUCCGGGGUCGUUUUUCAUUGAAAGUUUACAUUUUUAUAAUUGGUGUCAUAAUAAUAUGCGGAUACCUUUUGCCGCAUUAUAAAUUUUAUCCAAUAGCUCCUGUGACUAUAGCUCCCGUACUGGCUCAAUCGCGAAUAACAAAGCACUUAUCUAAAUUGGUUACUGUGGUGUUUCGUCAAUUUGAAGAUUUUGAGAACGAUGUAGCUGAAAGUGUUCAAUCUUUCGUGGCUGCGUAUCCAAAUAUUCCUGUGCUCGUUCUUAGCCAGGGGACACAAUACCCACCUUUCCAAUUUUCCGCCUCUAAUAAUACAUUACGUAAUGUAAAAAUAGUGUCCUUAGAGCUUAAGCUCGAUUCUUCUCCAAAGGAAUUGAAACCUUUAUCAUAUAUUUCAACAGAGUAUACAUUAUUCAUACCUGAUUCAACGAGGGUCUCCCGUCGUUUAUUACAGCAAUUAAUUACGGUUGCUACAAACAACCCAUCGCAAGGUGUAGCUGUUGCCGUUGGCAAUUCCCAUAUAACAUGUCAACUGGUUAAAUGGAAUUUUGUCGAUUGGACAUUGCAAUAUAGAAAAGAUGCAUCAAAGAAAAUGUGUGACGCAGUGCAAGGACAACAUGCGGUUAUAUUCAAAACAUCUUUGCUUCAAAUACUACCUGACCCAUUUGUGCUGCCCUUUCCUGAAGCUCUUUACCUCCAAACAGCCGUUAAAAAUAUUAAAAUACAAAUAUUAGAUGGUAAACUCGCUGCUGGCAGGAGUGUAUUAAAGACACCAAUAGCAAAGCAGAAAGCAUCAAGGCAUAUAAGAGACUAUAGAAUGACCCUCUACAAGCAGUUGGGUGUGAAGACUGUAAUAAGAGACGAUGGGAGGGUGCAGUGGUAUGGCUGUAAACGGGAGUCCCAACGAUGUUUUCCACCAGUGCAAGGCACUCCAUCGUACAUUCUAGAGGGGAGAAACACUCCGCCCUGUUGCAGAAGGAACAUAAGACGUACCGCUGCGCAUGUCCUUAGGGCUUUGUUGCAAGCUGGAGCCAGGUGUUGGUUGGAAACCACAUCGUUGCUUGGGGCUGUUGCUAGGGGCGAUCUGUUACCAUGGGCAGAGUACGCCGAAAUAGGCAUUCACGCAGGGGACCUGUCCAGAGUAUCUUGGCUUCAGCGAGGUGGCGCCGAUAAUGAUGGUUUCAUCUGGGAAAGAGCGACCAAAGGCCAUUACUAUAGAGUUGCUUAUUCCGCGACAAAUCGGGUGUACGUGCUUAUACUGCCGUUUAACCCAAAGAACGGGACUAUGUGGCCAGCAGAUUGGGUAAUGGCUCAUCAACGGGAAUUCCCCGAACGACAUUUGCAUCCACUUGCUCAGAUACAAUUCGCGGGUCGACAAGCGCCGGCGCCGAAUGACGCGCGCGCUUUCCUUGACUUGAAGUUAGGCGCGAAUUCUCUUGAGAGAUGUCAAAAAAUUGGUCCUAAACUCAUUUAUCCAUAAUAAUCGCAUUUAAUUACAUAAAACCCGGGAAAAUGACAUAGCAUUAGACUAUAUAAGAUAAUUUGAAGUUUUACUUUUUAAAAUUGCUACGCUACGCUUUGCAUUUAUUGUGGGUUACUUAUGUAUAAUGUAUUAAUUUACCAAAGAUUAGCACGUAGAAAAA